AUGAAAUUCAAUUCCGACAUAAUAAAAGAGAAUAAAUAUAAAAUCAGAAUCAUUAUAAUGAUAAAAGUACACCAAAUGAGCUUAGCAAUUGUGGUUGCUGAAUUAAUAGCUCUUGUCCUCAGUAAUUUUGAGCCCUGGGAUAGCAACUACAUUUACCUAUAUUGCUCACUUCUCGCAAGCGGCCACCUCUGGUGCUUAAUAGGAAAGUUAAAUAGUCUAAGAAAUAGCACCAAAUUUGACUCUGAUUGGUGCAUUGAAGUGCAGGGCCCAAGCGAAAACAAGAAAGUGGAGUGGUUUCCUCUCACCCCGGUAUAA